GGAAAGGAAGAAGAGGACAAAAGGAAAAAAGAAAAAGGAACGUAUAAAAGAAGACUAAAGUAGUGAAAGACAUGUGCAAUGGGUAAAGUUCAAAGAUCGAAGGGACGGUACGAAGGGCAAGGACGGGCAAGUUACAGAAGCCAGGAUUGGCAGGGAACAUCAAAAGGAUGAUACUUUAUUUCUUUCGACGAGAACGGUCUUCUCUCGACCGAUCGAUCUGGUGUAAAAAGAGGCAAGCCAAUUAGGAGCAAAGUAUCUCGAGACGUGAACGAAAAGGUGCGAAAAGGGAACAAAAAGGGAACACUCCUAGGGAAAAGUCCAUUCGGAUAGAGGAAAAAGGGACAGAGAGAGAGAGAGAGAGAGAGAGAAAGAGAGAGAGAGAGAGAGAGAGAGAGAGAGAGAGAGAGGAAAAAAAAGAAAAAAAGGGAAAAAGGAAAAAAAAAGAAAAAAGACAUAAAAGGUGGGAUCGUUUGAAGAAAUGGCCGCUGGCUCAGCGGUGGCAAUGAUAGGAGCAAAUUUAAGAUUCGGUAUCGGCGCGUCCGGAAACGUAACAUCCAACGCCACCAAAGUGUUUCAGUGUCAUCCCGGUGGUGUUGCUGAAGCAACCGUUAUAUUCAGUCUUGGUGCCCUUGGAAUGGGUGCUAAUAUCAUACUCAUGUCAUUGAUAUUAGCGAAACGACAAUUGCGAAGAUGGUCUCAGGGCUUAUUAUUUCAUCAAGCCAUGGUGGAUUGUGCAAGAGCUGCAAUUUUAUUACCCCUGGGCUCAAGUAUUUUGAAUUGUCAGCCAGUUAACAAAUGCUCCCUAGUUGAAACAGCUUUCUUACUGCUUGUAACAGUUUCAACAGUGAAUAUGCUUACAACUGUGUUAAAUGAUAGUCCUGUAUUCCCUGAGAGCGAUGAGGAAGCUGAAUUAACUGCUCCUUUACUUAUGGACUCACCGCAGUGCGUAUUAUUUGGUACCUUCAUGAUAUGGUUCGCUAGCAUAACCAUAAAUCUUGGUCCGACGUUUCUAAGCGGUGCACUGGCAGCCAACACGGAAAGUGGACACAAUGCACCGAGCUGUCCACUGGUGCAUGGUCCCUUUCGUCAUUACAUUCUCAACGUUCUUUGGAUCGUCAUAAAUAUAAUCUGUGUCGCACUAACACUCUUUCACUUACGAAAACUACACAGAGACUUGACAAAAGCUAAUGUAGAAGCGGUUCGUGUAGCUGGUCUUGUUACUACAUUGGUCAACGUCACUGGUGCUCACCAAAGAGGAUCGAGUACCGUUCCUUGUGAAGAUGACACGAACGAUGCUCGAACUCCAGUGACACCAAAAAGAAGCAAUGCUCUCGAGGAGCACAGAAAAAUGAGAAAUUAUUUGAGAAGAAUGGAACGGGAGGGUGUUCAAAGGGUAAAAAUGUUCCUGGUUAUUACUGCAGCGUACGUGAUAUUUUGGGGACCACUAUUUUUCGUCACGCUAGUACAUCAUCCUAUCAUAGGAAACGCGAUUGGUUAUGAGGUCACUUUGCACAUAGCUUAUGUGCAUGCCUUCGUCAAUCCAGCCCUAUUUUUGACCUUACAUCGAGGUCUAAGACAAGGAAUGUCGGAUGUCUGUUGUACCUGUUGCGAGAGCAUAGCUCGGUGGAUUUUAGGUACUACGGCAAAUAAUACUAUCCAAAGUGUACAACCACCAAGAUAUGAGCCGCCAUUGAACGUACCAUCUCCACCGGAUCCACCCUUAGUACAACCUAUAUCAACAGCUGCUUGUGAUCUCACUGAUGUUGCACUUUUGAAACCACCUUUACCACCUAACGCUAAACAUCUAGUCGUUGAGGAUCAAGUACCACCAGAUCCGUGGAGUCUAAUUUCAAGACCGAAAAGUACGUCGAGUCUUUACGAGGAAGAAUUGUCAAGAAGACCUAGUCUUUUAUUACCACCACCGCCACAACUGAAUGAUUUACAAAUGACGAUGAGUCCUACUAGCAGCGAUCUACCCAGUGAAUGA